CGGCGAGCCGAGAGGAUGCUGCUGUCCCUGGUGCUCCACACGUACUCUAUGCGCUACCUGCUCCCGAGCAUCUUGAUGCUGGGCUCGGCGCCCACCUACCUGCUGGCCUGGACGCUGUGGCGGGUGCUGUCGGCGCUGCUGCCCGCCCGCCUGUACCAGCGCGUGGACGACCGGCUUUACUGCGUCUACCAGAACAUGGUGCUCUUCUUCUUCGAGAACUACACCGGGGUCCAGAUAUUGCUAUAUGGAGAUUUGCCAAAAAAUAAAGAAAAUGUAAUAUAUUUAGCAAAUCAUCAAAGCACAGUUGACUGGAUUAUUGCGGACAUGCUGGCUGCCCGGCAGGAUGCCCUUGGACAUGUGCGCUAUGUGCUGAAAGACGGGUUAAAAUGGCUUCCAUUGUAUGGGUUUUACUUUGCUCAGCAUGGAGGAAUUUAUGUAAAACGAAGUGCCAAAUUUAAUGAAAAAGAAAUGAGAAACAAGCUUCAGAGCUACGUGGACGCAGGAACACCAAUGUAUCUUGUGAUUUUUCCAGAGGGAACAAGGUAUAACAGAACACAGACAAAACUCCUUUCAGCCAGUCAGGCAUUUGCUGCUCAACGAGGCCUUCCAGUAUUAAAGCACGUGCUGACACCAAGAAUAAAGGCAACUCACGUUGCUUUUGAUUCUAUGAAGAAUCAUUUAGAUGCAAUUUACGAUGUCACAGUGGUUUACGAAGGGACUGAGAAAGGGUCAGGAAAAUACUCGAACUCACCGUCCAUGACUGAGUUUCUCUGCAAACAGUGUCCCAAACUUCAUAUUCACUUUGAUCGUAUAGACAAAAAUGAAGUUCCAGAGGAACAAGAACACAUGAAAAAAUGGCUUCAUGAGCGUUUUGAGAUAAAAGAUAAGUUGCUCGUAGAAUUCUAUGAUUCACCAGAUCCAGAAAGAAGAAACAAAUUUCCUGGGAAAAGUGUUCAUUCCAGACUAAGUGUCAAGAAGACUCUACCGUCAGUGUUGGUCUUGGGUAGUCUGACUGCUGUCAUGCUCAUGACGGAGUCUGGAAGGAAACUGUAUGUGGGCACCUGGUUGUAUGGAACCCUCCUUGGCUGCCUAUGGUUUGUUAUUAAAACAUAAGCAAGGAGCGGGCUCCAGUCAUGUCUCUUACUGAUGGCUACACAUUACGUCACAUUGUUUCCUGAAUUAAAUAAGAAGUUUUUUAAAAGCCUUGUUGAUUGAACACUGGAUAAAAUAGAAUUAGUGACCACAGCCAACAUGCGUUGAUUUGGGGCAAACACACGUGGCUUUUCAGGUGCUGGGAUUGCUGGAAACAUGAAAGUUAAGUGGAGUUUAUGCUAUUUUUCAUGUUCUUCAUGAACUGAUAUCCACUUGUGAAGAUUAUUUGGAUUAUAUAAUUUGAUGUUUGUAAUUCAGAUGGCUGUAUUUUAACAUUACUUUGUAGCAUAUUUCACUAUAUUGGUUAUCUUCCAUUUUGAUUACUUGGCAGCUCAAACUCUUUAUCACUAAAGUAUUUUAUAUUUUGAAGCUAUGUGAUGCUGGGUUUUCGUUAAAUUUUGCAAGUCAAUGAAAGAUACUGUAAUUAUGUGUUGAGAUGUUCAAAGAAAAAGGUGAGAAAUAUUCAUGGCAGAAAAGAUCUGUCUAUUGUAUAUUUUUAUUAUAUUGCUCUAUUUAGCUACUUUUCUUUAUAUUUACAAAAUAACAAACAUUUCUAAUAUUUAUUAAAAUUGCUUAAGUUGCAUAUCCCCCAUUCUACAGAGAAUAAUGUGUAAAGUGUCAGAAUAGAGUUGAAGCUCUGUUAUAACUGUCUCAUUUGGCAGAGCUUUAAAUAGCCCAGUGUCUGAGCUGCUGAGGUAGCACCUCCCAGCAUCUGUGCUGUGAGUGCUUAUAAACUGAGGGUCCCUGUUACGUUCAUAUCAGACUGGACAUCCACAGAGCUCUAGGUGGUGGAGGUUGGCCAGCAUCCUGACUCUGUCCUAGCACGUGCCUUCUGCCUGUCUCCCUCUGCUUUGGCACUGCAUUUGGUCUGAGCGUGUGCACUCUGGUCGCUUGCUGCUUGUUAGCCCCUGCCCUCUGGCUUGGUGUCCUUCAGUGGUGCUGUUCAUUGUCUGGGUGCAGGCAGUGCUGCCCGGCUCAGAGGGCAUUUCCCUGGCUCCUGUGGGUAAGCCUCCUUGGCUGCUGCAGAAGCGGUUUGCAUUUGUUUAUGUCAAGAAAUGUCAGGAUUGGGUAAACGUCAUUUCUCUUUAGUUUUCAUGGACCCACACUGUUGAUACAUAUCACCUGUGAACAAGAGCUACCUUCCAGGACCAAAUCACACUGUUCUCGGUCGUAUAACAGUGUCUCCUAUGGAAGGAGGCUUACUAAAAUUUGAUUUGCUGUAUUUUUAUGUUGUGAUUUAAGCAUGAUUGCCUACUAGUCCUUUAAGGUAACAUUUCUGCAUACGUCAUACAGAUUUUUGUCACAAAAUUAUUAUACCAAUGAUCGAGUUGAAAUACACCAUUUUAAUCACAAUAAAUUUUUUUUAAUUGAGGGAAAAUUUGCCUCUUAUAUUGUUUUCCUAAAACCAGAAAAUAGGCCUUUUUAAAUGUCUUUGAAGUGUCAUGUGCUGUCACUUGGUUUCUGUGUUUGUGUAUUCAUAUAUGGAUAUGUAUAUUCACAUAAAUAUGUAUAUCCAUAUAUGAAUAUGCAUAUCCAUAUACAAGUAUGUAUAUUCACAUAUGGAUAUACAUGUUCACAUGUGGAUAUGUAUAUUCAUAUGCAGUACACAUACAUCCACAGAAUAUAGUGGCCUAAAAACAAAAAAAAACUUGUUCAUCAUGUUACUGUGCCGAAUUGUAAUCAUCUUUUACUUAAAAAAAAUGAAGUGGAGAUCAAUCUUACAUCUUAGCUAAAUAUAUUUUCUUAGUGGUCCUAUUAGAGCUUAUUUUGACCAGAUCAAAAUCAGUACAAGUUAUGAGACUUGAGACAUGGCUGAGGGCUGGAGAAGCAGCUCAGCAGUUGAGAGCAAUUACCAUUCUUGCAGAGGGUUCAGUUCCCAGCGCCUGCAUGGAGGCUCACAAAAACCUAUAAUUCCAGCUCAGUUGGGAUCAGACAUAUUCUCUGGCCUCUGUGAAGAGCCACAUGCACAUGCAUACAUACAUACAUACACAUAAAUUAAAACAGAUCUUUAAAUAUUAUGUGUGUGCUGUGCAUUUGAAUUUUAGAAGACAGCACCAUUAGAAUUACAUGGGUGUAACUGGUUCUUUUUAAACAGAGCAAAGCGGUCUGCAUAUGAACUUUUGAACAUUAGCACUGUACUUACUCUUCUCAAGAGCAGUCAAUGUGGUAAUUGGAAAUAAAUUGUAUCAAAAUGUUUGAAAAAUUAGAAACAUCUCUUCAACAUGUUAAUUUUGACUUGACAUAACUAUUUUCUGAAAAUUAACAGCCUACCUGUGAAUCCUUUCAUAUAAUAUAAUUUAAGAUUUUAUUUAUAUUACUGUUGAAUUGCAGCUGAGGGGCUACAAUAGCUUUUCGUUAUAAGAGUGCCAUCAGUGUGCAUGCUUUUAUGUUUUUCAGAAAGGGUAUUUGGAUGAAAGUAAGAAAAUAAAAUCUCUCAUUACUCUCA